CCCGAAGGGACCUGGAGAGAGCCUUCUCGGAGGUGGGUUAGCGGUGGCUUCCCGGAUCCCGAGUCUCCUUGCCAGCCCUCGUUCUUAUUGGAAGGGCAAAAGAAAAACCCUUCGCCUUGUUCUCUUGCGUUAGUUCCCAGCGCGCAAAUUGCUGUGAAUGCCAGUAAUUCUUCAUCUACUAUGCCUGAGCCAAAGUCAAUAUGUGUUUCAGUAGAUGAGGUGGUCUCUGGUGGUACAGACACACAAGAGGUUCAUUUGCUCAAUGGCCAUUUAAAGAAGAUGGACAAUGUUUUGACUGAAGCCCAUCAUUUCUCCUACCUUCCUCGAAGACCAGCUGUGAACAUUGAAUUUAAAGACCUCUCCUAUGCUAUACCAGAAGGACCCUGGUGGAACAAGAAGGGUUUCAAGACUUUGCUGAAAGGAAUUUCUGGGAAGUUUAGUAGUGGCGAACUGGUGGCAAUUAUGGGUCCUUCUGGAGCUGGGAAGUCGACACUUAUGAAUCUUCUGGCAGGAUACAGAGAGACUGGGAUGAAAGGAGAAAUUCUCAUCAAUGGGCAACAUCGUGAUUUGCGUUCUUUCCGCAAAGUGUCUUGUUACAUUAUGCAAGAUGACAUGCUGCUUCCACAUCUUACUGUCCAGGAAGCUAUGAUGGUGUCUGCCCAUCUGAAACUUCAAGAAAAAGAUGAAGGCAGGAGAGAAAUGGUGAAUGAGAUCCUGACAGCUUUGGGUUUGCUGUCGUGUGCCAGUACUCGUACUGGAAGCCUUUCAGGAGGGCAGAGAAAGCGUCUUGCGAUUGCUUUGGAAUUAGUGAACAACCCACCAGUUAUGUUUUUUGAUGAACCUACCAGUGGCCUGGACAGUGCAUCUUGCUUUCAAGUUGUCUCCCUCAUGAAGGCUUUAGCCCAGGGUGGCCGGUCCAUCAUCUGCACUAUCCAUCAGCCCAGUGCCAAACUCUUCGAACUUUUCGAUCAGCUCUAUGUCUUGAGCCAAGGGCAAUGCAUUUACCGUGGAAAAGUAUUAAAUUUAGUCCCUUAUUUGAGAGAUUUGGGUUUAAAUUGUCCAACAUAUCACAAUCCAGCAGAUUUUGUGAUGGAGGUCGCAUCUGGUGAAUACGGAGAUCAGAAUAGCAGGCUUGUAAGAGCUGUGCAAGAGGGAAUGUGUGAUUCAGAUUACAAGAGAAACUCUGCAGGAGAAAAUGAACUUAACCCUUUUUUAUGGCACAAACCAUCAGACGAGGAUUCUUCAUCCAUGGAAGGCUGUCAUAGCUUCUCAGCCAGCUGUCUUACUCAGUUUUGCAUUCUGUUUAAAAGAACUUUUCUCAGCAUAAUGAGGGAUUCGGUCCUGACACAUCUGAGGGUAACCUCUCACAUUGGAAUUGGACUUCUGAUUGGCUUGCUGUAUCUGGGGAUUGGAAAUGAAGCAAAGAAAGUCCUAAGCAAUUCUGGCUUCCUCUUUUUUUCAAUGUUGUUCCUUAUGUUUGCUGCUCUCAUGCCAACAGUCCUUACAUUUCCUCUUGAGAUGGGAGUAUUUCUUAGAGAACAUCUGAAUUAUUGGUACAGUUUGAAGGCUUAUUACUUGGCUAAAACUAUGGCUGAUGUCCCUUUUCAGAUUAUGUUUCCUGUGGCUUACUGCAGCAUUGUGUACUGGAUGACAGCACAGCCCUCUGAUGCUCUGCGAUUUCUCCUGUUUGCAGCCCUGGGGACUAUGACAUCCCUUGUGGCUCAGUCCCUUGGACUUCUGAUUGGAGCAGCAUCCACCUCACUUCAGGUGGCAACAUUUGUUGGUCCUGUUACAGCAAUCCCAGUUCUUCUCUUCUCAGGCUUCUUUGUCAGUUUUGAUACCAUUCCUGCUUAUCUCCAGUGGAUGUCCUACAUCUCUUAUGUCAGGUAUGGAUUUGAAGGUGUCAUUCUUUCCAUCUAUGGUUUGGAUCGAGAAGAUCUUCAUUGUGACAAAGAUGACACUUGCCAUUUUCAGAAGUCAGAGGCUAUCCUCAAAGAAUUGGAUGUAGAAAAUGCUAAACUUUAUUUGGACUUCAUUGUGCUUGGAAUUUUCUUCAUCUCCUUACGUCUCAUUGCCUAUUUUGUUCUCAGAUACAAAAUUCGAGCAGAGAGAUAGAGAACAAAUGGGAUAACAUGCAGUUCUAGACAAUUGCUCUUUGGUGUGGCUGAUGAGUUUUCAAAGCUCGGUUGCAAAUCAUGUUGUCUUCUGACCCCUAGAAGAACUAAAAUGGAAACUUAUUUCAGUUUUGAAAAAUGUCACUGCUGAUCCCAAGAGUUUCCUCUCCUGGAAAAUGUAUUUCUUCUAAGGUAGCGUGUAGAUCUGGCAACUAGACGGAGAAUGUCUAUCUUUUAUUAUAAGUGGAAAAACAUGAAAUGUUGUGUCAUCACUUCUUGCUGCAUCUUACAAGUGUUUUUCCAUAAGAAAUUCCACAGUUAGUGUACACGUUUUUCCAGUUGUAUGAAAAGGUGCUCUUUAAACUGAAUGUUUAAAAAUAAAGAAGGUGAGAAAUCUGAUAUUGGUUCUCCUUAAUACCCUGCUUUGAAGCUUUAAUCAUAUGAGCUGGUCUCAUGUACCAAAUUUUUAAUAUUGUAUCAUAUUACAGUGAAAGAUGUAGAAGAAUUUGAAAAUCAAGAUGCAUACCUAGCUGCUUUCUCCUAACAUUCUGUUUUUGUAGUGUCUUUAAGUUUCUUGUGGAAUUUCAAAUACUCUUUGUCUGUUUUAUCUAUUUUUCUGUGAAUGCAAAACCCGAAACAGAGCAAAAUGGAAACCAAUCUCAAAGCCUAUUUGAAUACUCUAGCAUGUUUUUAAUAACACAUAUUCUAAAAAGAGAAAGGACUGCCAGUAAUUUGGUGUUUGGUAUGAUGAAUGCUUAAGGACUUAGUUUAAAAGGUCUCAGUGAAAUAUGUGUGCCCUGCCCAGCAAUAUAUAUAAUACUGUAUACAGAACCUAUUAUUUUUAUUUUCACCAAUUAUGACUUUCUCAAAAAGAAAUUCAAAUCAUGCUAUUUUCACAUUCCAGCAAAGCUAGGUGAUUCCAAAUCCAUUCAUAAACAGUUUAUUUUUCUUUCACUCACUUUUUGCUGGAUUCCAACCAAAUUUAUCUAAACAGUUUUUAUUACUAGUUUGACAUCUAAUUUGACAACUGGGAUGUGUAAACUGAAGCCGAUUACUAGAAGUGCCUACAUCCUGAUUUCAAAUACUAGCUGUAUAUAGCACUUUGUCUCAGAAAAUUAUUUGAUAAAAUUAACAUUAUAGGAAAAAAGACUAGCACUCUGGGCCAGUCUUAUCUACCUCAGUGCAAUGGAUUCAGGUUGAUUUAUUAGAGAAAUCAAUUAAGCUGUUUUCAAUCCAAAAGAGAUUUCAAGUUGUGUAUUCAGAACCCAGAUCAAAUGGCUGUUUCUAGCAAAGGCUAUUGUUGAAUGGAUACUAAACCACUCAAGCCAGAUCUCCAGAGUUAAGCUAGAGCAUCAAAGCAAAACAAAUAGAAAUUGAAACAAAAACAAGACAAAUUUGAGGAAAGAUUAGUUUUAUCCAUAUUGCAAGAUUUGCCCCUUCUGCAGUUCUUCUACACUAGUACAUGUUCCUGAAAUGCAUAGUUUAUGUUGCUGGAAAACAAUUAAGUAAUUGGGAUUGUAUUUAUUGGCAAAGCCAAAGUCCUUCGCUCCCUAUAAUCCUAGUCUUCUAGUCUUAACUUCAGAGUAAAUAAAUAAAAACGAACACUGUUCUUUAAAUUAGCAUGCAAGUUAGUCCAUAUGUAUCACAGGAUUCAAAUCUGCACCACUAAUUAGGUACUUGUAGGUUUGUAUCCAGAAACCAUUAACAACUUACUUUGUAAAUUAACAGCAGAUAUGUAACAACGAUUAGCAUAGACAACCUCCAAGAAUGUAAUUAUGUACCUUCAACAAGAAAAUAUACACUUUGGAGGAUAAUCAGUAGAUGGAUUGUGAUAGGCUACCACCAGAUUUGGAAGAGUCACACAAGUGCUUUCCAAGAAACUCAUCAGGUGUAUCUGCUAAUUGACAAGUAAGGCAUUCACAGGAACUGAUCAUUCUUUCAUGAAAUACUGCAGGUUGGUAUUGCAAAUGUAGAGAUACAUCAUUUAUGGAUUAUAUCUCUAAAUAUAACAUUAUUUUGUUGCAGGAAACAUGGGCCACAGAGAAUAUGGGGCUUGAUAAUUUUGCAAUACAUUCUCUCAAGGCCAUUAGAUUAAGGAAAGCGGGGAGGCCAAAUGAUAGGUCUUUCAAAUAAAACCCACCCUGUGGUGAGUAAUCUAAAAAAAAACACGGUGUAAUCAAUUUGCAAUGGUUAUAAACCUUUGAGUUGGCCAUCUCCAUGUUCUCCCAUCAUGUUAUAAAACGGGUGGAAGAAAGUUGGCUUAUGUUGGGACUAUAUAUGACAUCCUACAUAAUUGUUUUUAUUUCCAGUGUGAUGUAUCAAUUUUGAAUAACAUGUAAUCAUUUCCAUAUCUGAUACUAUUAUUGGAUCGAGUCCCUAAUAAAUUCCUAAUUCUUUUGAAAAAGAAAGAACACAAUCAACAUUAAGCCCCUUUAAAUUCUGUUGAUGUUAGUUUGUAGAUUACUUAAACUUGGCCAGUUUAACUUGAUCUGGUUGUUUCUAAGAGAUUACUAGCAGAUUUGUUAACCUGCCAGGAUUGUCUAAUAUAUCAAGUUUAAAAAUACAGCUGUCCUUGAUACUGCAGUUCCAUUCUUAAACCAAAACUCUAAUUGGCAUGAUAUUUCCACAAGGAAGAAAAUUCUAUUACAAAUUGUAAAUCCACAUGAAUUAUUUUCAGCAGUGGAAACUGGAAGAAGUUACUGUGAGAAAUUAAUAAACAAAAAUGAUUACACAGAUAGCAAAUGUAAUAUAAAAAAUAAGUAAUUUUUUUCUUGUUGACAUCCCUGAAAAUACCUUAAAUAUAUUAUGCGGUGAGAAUCUACAACAGACAAGCAUUAUUAGGAAGUCACAUACAGCUAUUACAACUGAGGUUGUUCAAGACCUUGCUUUUCCAUUAGAGUAGUGGAUAUGUCUGUUUCACACAUUUUGGGAGUGCAUUGCAGGAGGGAAGGAUUCAACAUUGCUCCGUACAGUAUUACUGGCUUUCAUAUUUUAAUCUGAAGACAAAAGACACUCAUAGUAUUACUACAGACAAGCAGGAAUCUUGUCCCUUGCCCACCCAAUAAAAUUUAUUAAUUGCACAUAUAUUUGCAUAUAUCUGAGCUUAGAACCCAACUAAAUAUAUGGGGAACAUCCUGGAUGAGUUCAUACAACACACUAAAGUACAAAUAAGCUAACCAAAAGUUAGGUCAAUGCAUCAUGAAACUCCAGUCCGUGCAGCUAGUUUAUGAUUCACUGUGUUAUACGAAUCCAGAAAAUUGGAUCAAUGGGGUAAAUUAUGAUUCUAAUAAACAAGCUUAAGCAUGUCAUGCAAAAAUAGCCAUUUAGUUUAUUACAUUUUUACGUGAACUUGCUGUUUUCAGAAAUAUCAGAACAAUGAUGUAUAGAGAUGAAACUUUUCAGUUAACACGCAUGUUCUAAGUUUCACGCUAUACAUAUCUGGCUUUUCUUUUAGGAAGUAUAUUCUUCUGGGGUCCAUGCCUAAGUAUGCUGAAAUUUUGC